CCACUUUUCUAAGACACGUCCCUAUAAACAGACCACGCUCGAACAAUCCAGAUCGACUACUCGAGUGUGAAACGAACCUCGAUUAACGAUCGAGAACGGGACACAAUCUCGCAUCGUCUCAUCGUCGUCGACGAUCGACAGAUUCUUCCACCGCUGAAAAUGUUACGAAGACCCAUCUUCUUCGACGUCGUCCAAUGAUCAGAGAGAACAGAAACGGAGGUGGACGUGAAUGGACAGUGAAUCCUUCGUCACGCGUCAGUACCAAGUUAGAUGGCGGUCUCCUUCUCUGGACUUUUCACGUUUCACCUAUAUAAACUAAUGGUCCGGCCUAGGGCGAAUGUCAGUUAACAUUUCAUUUGCCAGCUGGACAGUUCGCCUGUCAUCAUCUUGUGUCGUCAUACUUUUUUCAUCGUCAGAUCUUUCGAUGAUCGUGAAUCAUAAUUUACUACAGCCUUCAGGUGGCAUCUAUUCUUUUCGUGAAUUAUAGUGAGAUAAAUCGAAUCUUUUUAUUUCUCACGAAGUGUGUGCCGCGCUGCUUCUCGAUUCUCCGUAGAAUAUUAACUACUGGCGAAGGAAAUUGUCAGAUGAGACAGAAGAAUGCUGAUGGUGUACCCGCUGUUUCUUCUGCCUUUGUUAACGGCGACCGAAACCACGCAGCCCACGAUGAUGCAGGAGCGUUGGAAGCCUCAGUUGGAAAAUUCGACGACUCCUGCGGACUGGAUCAGUGAUAGCAUUCUGAACGCUGUGGACAACGUUCUUCCUGUGACUCGUUCUUCUUUCGAAGGUAUACGAGCUCGCAAGAAGAAGAGACACAAGCUGAACAAAUACAUCCUGCCCUUGAUCGUAGGAGUUAUAUUAAUCAAAUCGAUUCUUCUGCCUAUAGCGUUGAAAACUUUGGCUAUAUUAAGUGGGAAGGCAGUGGUUCUGAGUUUGAUGAGUCUAAUUCUGGCAGCUAUCGUAGGAUUGAAGAAGGUCGCUCAGGGUCACUCCACAAGCUACGAGGUGGUGAAUAUGCCCGUGAAUAAAUACAAGAGACAGGACUUUUUCGAGGGCGACGACACGAUGGACACUGAGCCUUACAAAUUUUAUAGGGAACGCCACAGGAAAAAGUAAAGACUCGUUAUUAUUGAAAAUGUUGAAAACGUUUUGUUCAUUUCACCCUCGACCCCUGCGUAUUUUAUAAUUCGUCGGUCGAUAGAAAAUUAAAUACUAAUUUUAUUUCGAGACUUAAUUAUACGUAAACAAUUCAUUGCCUGUUUUGUCAAACA